AAUUUAAAAACUACAAAAAAAACAACAUCCUCCCCACAACAUGCAUACCUCCUCCGCCGCCGCAGAUUUAAUUGUGCUCAACGCUUGUCCGCCCUCACAUUUGGCCAACAUACCCCUCUCACCGCCGGCGCAUCUAAAACGCCGAUCCACUAACACCUUAUCCUCAGAAACAACAAUGGCCGGCGGCAUUCACACAAAUCAUCAACAACACCAACAUCAGCAUCAUCACACAUCGCAGCAGCAGCAUCAACAUCAACACUCUAGUCAAAAUCUACAACAUCAUCAACCGUCGGUAGCCCCGCAAUCGGCAUCAACCUCUUCCAACGUUUCAGUGCCAUCAUCUUCACCCCAUGAGGAGAAUACCACAACGUCGACUAAUAACCUCGAUUCAGAUGCGGAUAAAAUUAAUUCGCCAUUGGUAAAGCCGCCAUAUUCCUAUAUCGCCCUAAUUACCAUGGCCAUCCUGCAGUCGCCACAAAAGAAACUGACUUUGAGCGGUAUUUGUGAUUUCAUAAUGCAAAGAUUCGCCUACUACAAAGACAAAUUUCCCGCCUGGCAAAACUCAAUACGACACAAUCUCAGUCUGAAUGAUUGUUUCAUAAAGGUUCCUCGGGAGCCCGGUAAUCCGGGUAAGGGCAACUUCUGGACCCUUGAUCCCUUGGCUGAGGAUAUGUUCGACAAUGGCAGUUUUUUGCGGCGCCGAAAGCGUUACAAACGGGCACCGGCCAUACAACGAUUCCCCUUCACAUCUAUGUUUGGGACGCUCUCACCGUUUUGGAUACGCAAACCGGUACCGCUGGUACCGGUACAUUUUAAUGUACCCAAUUUUGCGGGUGGUACACGGGACUGUUUUGAUAUGUUACAUCCUCCGGCGGCUGCGGCGGCAGAUGUUUUCGAUGCGGUGGCGCUAAGAGGUACCGCCGCCGCCGGCGCAGCAGCGUCUGCUGCAGAUAACAAGAAAUUCAAUUUCUUUGCCAACACCGAUUUGUCGAUGUAUCCGAGAAGUGCGGUGGACAAGUUUGAGGCCUUCGCCCGUGGAGCGGCCGCAGAACGACCUCUGAUGGAUAUGAGUGGGGUGAGUGAUUUGGAAAAAAUGAAACUCUACAGUUUUGGGGCUCUGCCGGGCAGUGGAGAUGAAAAUGGUUUCACAGCAACGCCGGGUCAUCAUCACCUGCCGCAGCAUCAGGCGCAUCAUCAUCUAACUACGUCGCACUAUGACACCCAGACACAUAGCUCACAAGAUUCCGAUGAAUCCGAUGAUGAUCGCAUCGACAUUGAAUCACCCGAUGAACAGGAUUCCCACAUAUCAGAUUCGAUAGAGAGUUUAAGUACAAAUCGCCUAGAUGUUCAGGUGGAUGAUUCGGAUGAGUUGAGUACGGGUGCGGCGGGAGAUAGUCAAGGGGCCGGGGGCCUGAAGCGGCAGCUAAAGGAUGCUUCCUCGUGCAUUUUACUUUUUAACAACUACGACACGUUAAUAGCUAGUAAUAACAACAAUAACAACAACAGCAAUAAAACUAACCGUCCAGAUGGCAAAGCCCCAGAAACGGGAGUGGUAAAACCAUCACCAACUGCUACAAAACACAUUACCGCCUCUCUGCCGGAGGUUGGCAGCUAUAAAUCCUCUCUGCUCUCAUUUGAGUAUGAAACAGGACGCACCACUACCAAACACAGUGCGGCCAGAGAUUUUCGCAUUGAGACGCUAAUUGGAAACAAUGAUGCGGCGGAGAGUGUCUGUGACUGAGGCGGCGCAGGGGAAAUAUAAAUCCUGCCGAGGUCCUGUAAAUAAAACUGUGGUGAAAUUUCAAAGGCUCUACUCAAAAAUUCGAAUAUGGAUUGGAUAUCCAAUACAACCACAAGACCAAUUUGCCCGAAAUGCAAAAUCGUUUAUCCUGCAGCAACUAAUGUAAAUUUUUACUAAUUACUCUUCUUCCCAUCUCAUUGUCAAAUAAAAACAACAACAAAAAAUUUAAACGAAAUUAAAUUUUUAAAAAGUAACUUCAAAACCAAUAGGAUCCAAACGACCGACAAGAUCCGUUUUUAUUGUAUGUAAAUGUAUUUAUUUAUUAUGUCUUGACUAGUUUUUAAGCAAAUCUCACUAACGGUCUCACUGAA